AAGGCGCAGCUCUAGGUCCGGUCUAGGGUGUCCGAGCUGCGGGCGAGAGGAGUGGCCGCAACUGCUUGAGUUUUGAUUCAUUAUGGAUAAUCUGUCAUCAGAAGAAAUACAGCUGAGGGCUCACCAGGUUACCGAUGAGUCUCUGGAAAGCACACGGAGAAUCCUAGGUUUAGCCAUUGAGUCUCAGGAUGCAGGAAUCAAGACCAUCACUAUGCUGGAUGAACAAGGGGAACAACUAAACCGUAUAGAAGAAGGCAUGGACCAAAUAAAUAAAGAUAUGAGAGAGGCAGAGAAGACUUUAACAGAGCUCAACAAGUGCUGUGGCCUUUGUGUCUGUCCAUGUAAUAGGACGAAGAACUUUGAGUCUGGUAAGGCCUAUAAGGCAACAUGGGGAGAUGGUGGAGACAACUCGCCUAACAACAUAGUAUCUAAGCAGCCAGGCCGUGUGACAAAUGGCCAGUCUCAACAAGCAGCCGCAGGAGCAGCCAGUGGUGGAUACAUUAAACGUAUAACUAAUGAUGCCAGAGAAGAUGAAAUGGAGGAGAACUUGACUCAGGUGGGCAGUAUCCUGGGAAAUCUAAAAAACAUGGCCCUGGACAUGGGCAAUGAAAUUGAGUCUCAAAAUCGACAAAUAGAACGGAUCACAGAAAAGGCUGAUACCAACAAAGAUCGUAUUGACAUUGCCAAUGCCAGAGCAAAGAAACUCAUUGACAGCUAAAGCUACUGCUGUACUUUAUCAUUUAUUUCCUUCGCUCCUCCUUCAGAUCAUUAUCUUUUCAGAG